GGAAAAUUUUUCAGUAAACAUCCAACGGUCACUGACUAAAUGCAAAUAACGAUUAAAAACACUACAGAACGCUUUCGUAAAGUCUGUAGUUGAAGAGAUGGCUGUUCCUGUUCUGAAGAUGGAUAAACAGGUCGACGAUGCCAUGGGUUGGUUCCCCACUACCGUGUCGAAGGAAUUGCUCUUAGAGGCGCGGCGCAAACGAAUAAUCGGUGGCAUUGGGUCCAGCAGCAAUUUCCCAACACCUGGAAGGACAGAGAACCACCCUGAAUUCAUUAGUUGUAUAAAAAACAAAGCAGUUGAACACUGUGAGAAUGGAGAAAAGGCAUUGAUGGAAUCUCAAUUUUCCAAGGCUGUGACCUGCUUUGCCAAAGCCAUCAACCUUCAGCCGAAACAGACCCAGCUCUAUGUGAGGCAGGCAGAAGCCAAUCUACAGAUGUGUGAUUUUCAGUCUGCAGCUGUCAGCUACAGACAGGCCUGCCUCCUGGAGCCUCAGGCUGAGGCCUUCCACACACGACUGGCCUUCAUUUAUUACCUACAGGGACAAUGUUUGUAUGACAAGGGGAUGUUCCUGGAAGGUUUGGAGUCAUUUGUCAAGGCUGCUGAGCUAAAGCCUAGCUGCAGGUCAUAUAAAAUGAGGAGCCUGGCAUGUCUGACAGCCAUGGGCCGUUAUACUGACUGUGUGAGGCUGGUCAGUAACUGUCUGGAGACGGACUCUCAAACUGCUGAUCUCUUUACCCUCAGAGCACGGCUCCACAAACAGCUGGGCCAGGUAUCACUGUGCUACCAUGAUCUAAGGUCAGCCUUGGCCCUCAGUCCAAAUUGCCCCGUGGCCAAUGCGCUGCUGGGCCAGCUACAGGAGGCCAGUAUGAGGGCCAGGCAGCAGGCCAUAAGCUGGGCCACGGCGGGGAGGAUCCCAGAUGCCCUGUCCAAGAUCACCACGGCUCUGGAGCAUUGCCCCGAGACUGGCCAGCACUACCUCUUCAGGGGUAUUCUUCACCGCAGGCUGAAAAACUUCUCUGCAUCCAUUGAGGACCUGGUCCUGGCUGUGGAGCUAAGUGAGGCUGGAGGCCAGAGGGUGGGGCCAAGUGGACACACCCAGGAAGACCAGAGGGAAGUGCAGGAGGAGGCCCAGGCCCAGCUGGUGCUCACCUAUAAUGACUUUGCUGUCCAGUGCUUCUCCCGUGGCUUCUAUGCAGAGGCCAUCACCCUGCUUAACAAGGCCAUUCAGGAGCAGAAGCAGGAGAGCGGCCUCUAUAUCAACAGAGGAGACUGUUUCUUCAAGCAGGAAGAGUGGGGGUUUGCACUGGCUGACUAUCAGCAGGCGGAGGAGAUAUCUCCAGAUGACCAGGUCAUCUGGGUACGCCUCGCUGUUGUCCACAACACCCUGGGCACACAAUGCUACCAAGACCAGAAGUACCGGGAGGCAGCUGACAGGUUCUCUGAGGCCAUCAAGUACAGCCCUGGAGUCAGCCAGUACUAUGAAAACCGGGCCAAAGCCCACAGUAGAGUGCCCAAUGUGGAGGGAGCCAGGUGGGAUGCCAUCAAUACCCUCAUCCUGGAUCACACUGACAAUCAGGUGGCCUCGCUGCUGCUAAGUCUGUUUCCAGGCUACUCUGUGUCAGAUGUGCUGUCCAGCAGAAUGGCCAGGACUGUCAGAGCCCAGCUGAUGGACAGCAUCCAGACUCGUAGACAGCCUGUGUCCUCUGUGCUGAGAAUGCGCAGUGGACUAAACAAGAUAAACCUGUCAUGUGACAAAGACAGCAUGUCCCACAGUGAGUCUUCAGAGGGGGCGGAGCCUCUUAAAACAUGCUUGGCACAGCAUGAUGUCUGCUAGCAGAUUGUCAGGAUCAACCAGCAGGAAAGACAUCAGGAAGACACCCAGAUGCUGUGACCGACGAACUUAUUAACCUUCAUCUAAUGGCUCACUCAAUAAAGAC